AUGUUGGUUGCAAACAGAAGUAAAGAUGAAGUUGAUUCUACUUCUGACAUCACUUCUCUUCUCAACCAGUUUCCGGCUAAUACUAAUGUUCUUGUUGUUGACACCAAUUUCACCACUUUACUCAAUAUGAAGCGAAUCAUGAGACAACACGACUAUCAAGUGACUAUUGAGACGGAUGCAGAGAAAGCUCUUGCGUUUUUGACAAGCUGCAAACAUGACAUUAAUAUUGUGAUUUGGGAUUAUCAUAUGCCAGAAAUUGAUGGACUUCAAGCUCUCAAGAGCAUUGCUUCAAAGAUGGAUCUACCUGUGAUGAUUAUGGCUGAUGAUAAUCAAACUGAAUCGGUGAUAAAAGCAAUAGUACACGGUGCUUGUGACUAUGUUUUGAAACCGGUUAAAGAAGAUAAAAUAGAAAAUCUAUGGCAACACAUCGUACGCAAGAAGGUGAUGUCUAAACGCAAUAUAAGUCCACCGGUUAAAUCAGAUCUGGCUCAAACUGAUGGAUUAAAACAAGGUAAAGUUGAUUCCAAGAUCGUAGACCAAGAACAAAACAUCGGUAAGAAAGAAAAGAGCGCGCCAACGAGACCAUGGACCAGAGAAAUUCAAGCAGUUCAAUCUGAUCUGGUUCAGAUCAAUGUUUUAGAACAACACAACGAGUAUCCCAUAACCAUAAACCAAGAUAAUGGCGAGCAAAACAUCGGUAAGAAUAUAGAGGGAGCAGCAAAUGGGCCAUGGAUGGGAGAGAUUCAAUCGGUUCAAGUAGAUGUGGUUCAGGUCAAUGUUUUAGACCAACACAACAACUAUUCCAAAACCAUAAACCAAGAUCAUGGCAAGCUAAACAUCGACAAGAAAGAAGAGAGCGGGGCAAAGAGACCAUUGAUAACGUGGAACAGAGAACUUCAACCAGUUCAAUCAGAUCUGCUUCAGAUCAAUGUUUUUAACAAACACAAUUACUAUCACAAAACCAGAAACCAAGAUAGUGGCGAACGAAGCAUCGAUAAGAAAAAAGAGAGAGUGGAAACGAGACCAUGGAUGACAUGGACCAAAGCAACUCAACCAUUUCAGAUCAACGAUUUAGCCCAACAAAACUACUAUUCCAAAAGAAUAAACCAAGAUAAAGGCGAACAAAGCAUUGACAAGGCAGACAAGAAACCUUGUAUGAGGGCUGAAGAGAAAGAAUUAGUUCAGACCGAUGAUUCUAAUAAUGGUGACAGUGUAGAAAUCAUCGAUAAGAGAGUAUGGAGAAAGACACGGAAACAACGGAUGACAUGGACCAAAGAUCUUCACAAUAAAUUUCUUGAAGCCAUCGAAAUAAAUGGUGGUAUUGAAAAAGCUAAUCCAAAGGUGCUUCUCGACUGUUUGCAAGGAAUGAAGAUCCAAGGACUCACUAGAAACAAUGUGGCCAGCCAUCUUCAGGUACAAAAACAUCGUAUCUAUCUUGAGGAAAAACAAAUUCCUCAGACGCAAAAUAUUGGUUGGUCCACUGAGUAUAGAGCAGCUCCAUCUCUCCAAGGUCUGAACUAUGUCCACACAGGCAUAUUACAAUACGUUAGCAAUGGUCCAGCCCUGAACCCGAUCCAGCAGAAUCAAUAUCUAAAUGGAGCAGUGAACCCUAUCCAGCAUAACCAAUAUCAAAAUGGAGCCGUAAACCAUAUCCAUCAGAAGGAAUAUCAAAAUGGAGUCGUGAACCCGAUCCAGCAGAAUCAAAAUGGAGCCGUGAACUCAAUCCAGCAGAAUGAUCAGUAUCAAAACAGAGCCGUGAACCCGUUCCAGCAUAAUGAUCAGUAUCAAAGUAAAGUUGUGAACCUGAUCCAGCAGAACCAAUAUCAAAAUGGAGCGGUGAACCCCAUCCAGCAGAAGCAAUAUCAAAAUGGAGUCGUGAACCCCAUCAAGCAGAAUCAAUACCAAAAUGGAGCUGCGAACCUGAGCCAACAGAAUCAAUAUCAAAAUAGAGCUGUGAACCUGAUCCAGCAGAAUGAUCAGUACCAAAAUGGUUACUUGGCAAUGAACAAAAACCCAUUCAUAACCAAUCCUUCUCUGCCUCGUGUGUUCUAUUUUGACAAUCAACCCCGCCAACCUCAACAACAGCAGUCUUCUCCUCAGUUUAAUUAUUUGACGAGCAAUGAAGAACUAGGAAAAGGCUCUGACAUCUAUGCACCGGAUCCUCAACUCACUUAUCAAAAUUUACCAUAUAUGUGA